AUGAAUUACGGAUUUGGGCGAGAAAGUGGUUUCAUCAACAGCCAGCCGUCGCUCGCUGAGUGCCUGACAUCUCUCACUAGCCCUGUCGGUGAUGCAUUUCAAAGUUCAUCAAUCAAGAGCUCGGCGCUUUCACACUCGACACUGAUUCCUCCUCCCUUUGAGCAGAGCAUCCCCGGCCUGAACGCGGGCGUCCACCCACGCCACAGCCGCUCAAAGCAGCAGACGGCUGUGAAAGGCUGCAGUCCGGUGCGAGCUGCAUCUUUACCCCCGGAGUACCCGUGGAUGAAGGAGAAGAAAAGCAUCAAGGGAAACCAGAUUUCUUCGACUUCGACUGACUCCUCGCCUCCUUACUUCUCCCCCCAAGGCAAGGCAUGAUGAUUAAUAACCUCCAUGGUAGAAGGCUCCUCAUUGUCUGUGGGUUUCCCCUCUUUAAAAAAAAUAGGAGCUCUAUCCCGGGCCUCGUGCAGCGUGGGUGUCCCCUUAAGCCUGGACAGGAUUUUUGAUUUAAGCAUGCGUAAUCUCAUCAAGUAACGCACUGACUUGUGAUGCAGUGUAAGGGUGUAAAUGUUUGACGGUAAUGGAGAGUGAUAGAUGAUUCUUACACGGGCCAGCAGCUGGCACGUGCAUUAAUCUUCACCCUCCGUGCUGUCCUGUCCACGCAGACCCAUCAUAUCCUGCCGGGGCCCAUAAAUCUUACCACUGCUCACUUUCGCUUGCUUGCCACAAGUUUCACCUCAUAGAAACAAACAUAAAUGUUCAGAAUAGUUUCCUCUUUAAUGCCUAUGAUUAAAAAACUAAUGUUUGACUUGUAUUUUCAGGUUCACCAGAGGUUCCAGAGGGUGCUCUUGGCAGUGGAGGGGGAUCUCGGAGGCUGAGGACCGCGUACACAAAUACCCAACUCUUGGAGCUGGAGAAGGAGUUCCACUUUAAUAAAUACCUGUGCAGACCGCGGCGCGUGGAGAUAGCCACUCUGUUGGAUUUAAGCGAGAAGCAGGUGAAAGUUUGGUUCCAGAACCGCAGGAUGAAGCACAAGAGGCAGACGCACAGCAAAGAGAACCGGGACAGUGAGGGCAAAUACGCGGGCCUGGACGACGAGGAUGACGCGCCGGAGGAUGAGCUUUUCAGGGAGGCAGCUGAGGAUGAGAGGUAUUUCCAACAGAAUACUUUGACUGCACAACAGUGUCGAAGCGCACACAAUGGAGAGCACCAGAGCUCGACUGUUACGCCUUUGAACAACGAUGGGAAAAAUCUGAAACAUUUUCCAAACGCGGCUCCCACUGUUCCAAUCUGUGCGUCGACAAUAGGCCCGGACAAUGAUGGUCAUUCCCCGAGCCUGGACGUCCGUUUGCAGGAUUUCCUCGUCUACUCUUCCUCCUCCUCCUCAUUCUCACCCAGUUUGUCAGAAUCUACCCAAAGUCCUCUGACUUUAUCGUCCCAAACUUUUGACCUUUUCUCAGAAACUCUCACUACGAUCGACCUGCAGAACUUGAGCUAUUGAAAUGGUGGUUUAUUUUAGAUCAGACACUUGUGUCCACUUCAUAUCUUCAAUUUGUAAAGUCUGUUGGGGGAUCACACUUACCUUUCCAAAAAGGUAAGUUAUAGCUGUAAGUCAGCUUGUAUAGGCAUCUUACACAGUUUAUUUUUUAUGGAUUUCCAGCGAUAUUUUUCUUCAAAUAAAACUUUGUUCCUUUUGGAAUCAGCAGCGCCAUUUUGUUUUCAUUUACAAUAACGUGAGGAAAACUCAUUCAUUACGCUUAGCAAUAAUAAU